UCCAGCUCUAUGCACUCAAUAUACAUUUGAUCUACUCAAACGGCUAUCUAUAUCCUGUUCAACCAUGACCAAGUCAGAGACAGCCACCCAUAGCUCCGUCCUCCACCGUGAUACCCGCUUCGUCCCCAAGAAAGCUAUCGGCGGUAAAGGCAGCUACAUCUUCCUCGAGGAUGGCACCAAGUUCCUCGACUCGACCGGUGGUGCCGCCGUAUCCUGCCUAGGCCAUGGCCAUGAGGAGGUCAGCCAAGCGGUGAUUGACCAGAUCAACAAGUUGUCAUACUGCCAUACGGCAUUCUUUGGGACAGAAGCAUCGGAAGAGCUUGCUACCUUCCUUACCGAGUCGACUGGUGGCAAGCUCUCGAAGUUGCUCGUUGUGAAUUCCGGCUCUGAGGCUGUCGAGGCUGCAUUGAAACUAGCUCGUCAAUACUUCGUUGAGCUACCCACCCCCCAACUACAGCGAUCCAGGUUCAUUGCCCGGAAGCCCUCCUACCAUGGCGUCACCUUGGGUGCCUUGUCAGUAGGCGGACACAUGAUCCGUCGAGAGCCUUUUGAACCCAUUCUAUCAACCAACACGUCUCACGUCUCGCCUUGCUACCCCUACCGAGGUAAGAAAGCAGGCGAGUCCGACGCGGAUUACGUUGCCCGGCUAGCAGCAGAGCUAGACGCGGAAUUCCAGCGUGUCGGACCAGAGAAUGUGUGCGCUUUCAUUGCAGAGCCGGUAGUAGGAGCGGCCCUCGGCGCCGUCCCCGCCCUCCCAGGCUACUUCCCCGCCAUGAAAGCAAUUUGCGAGAAGUAUGGCGCGCUCUUCAUUCUAGACGAAAUCAUGUGCGGUAUGGGACGCUGCGGCACCCUCCAUGCCUGGGAACAAGAAGACGUAGUUCCCGAUAUCCAGACCAUCGGCAAGGGACUAGGAGGCGGAUACGCGCCCGUCUCUGGUCUCCUCAUCAGCGAGAAGAUCGUCGGGGUUCUCGACAAAGGCACCGGAGUGUUCCGACACGGUCAAACGUACCAGGGCCAUCCUAUCGCAUGUGCUGCCGCAUUGGCCGUGCAGAAGGUCAUCAAGCGGGAUAACCUGCUCGAGAAUGUCAGGAACAUGGGGAAGUAUCUUGAGGAACGCCUGCGGGGCAGCUUAGAGCAACAUCCUAUUGUGGGUGAAAUCCGAGGGAAGGGGCUGUUCUGGGGUAUCGAAUUCGUGAAAGACAAAGAGACCAAAGAACCAUUCAGUCCGGACAAGGGCGUGGCGUUUCUGAUCCAAGAGACCGGGUUGAAACCGGAGUAUGGGGUGUCGUUGUAUGCUGCUAACGGGACGGUGGAUUGUAUGAAAGGGGACCAUAUCAUUCUGGCGCCGCCGUAUAAUAUCUCCAAGGAGGAGAUCGAUAUCAUCGUGGAUACGGCGGUCAAAGUGCUUGAUGUUGUUUUUGCGAAAGUUAGUGCAGCUUAAUGACGAGAUAUGGAAUUGCUUGCAGUAGACUCUGCUGCUAAGGAUACGUACGCAGUUGUUGCGAUGGUUCAUUGACUGAUUGCAUCAGCAGUCAAUGCGAGGGUCCGUCUGUCUUGUUGAAGGAUGGAGGGUAGUCAACUAGAUCCAUUUCAAGGAGAAUACAAUUGAUGUCUC